GCCCGACUUCACCUUAUAUUGGAGAAACUUUUAAAUUAACAGUUUUGGUCUCUAUUUCUGACAUUUCAAUCAAAUAUCAAAGAAACUCUUAAAUUUUGUUUAAACUAUAUUCUCUAAAGUUUCUUUUUGAAUUUCCACGUUUUGACCAAAUUUCUAUCAAUAUUUUCACAAAUUUGUAUAUCUAUAUUUCUCUGAUACUAAUAUUUUAAACACUGAGUAUAACAUCACUCAUAAAUAAGAAGUUUAACUCGACAAAAAAAAAAAAAAAAAACCAUCACUCAUAAAUACAACCAGGCCGGAUCAAUAAAAGAUUGUUACCCAAGGCCCAAUAACUUCAGAACCAAAAAUUAAGUUGAGCCGUCAAAGACCAGCCCAUCUCGACCUUUUGUCCCUCCAACUCCACGGAGUCCGGUCUUCUUCCCCUUCAAACUCUGCAAUAAAUAACUAGUUCGAGCCUUGAGACCGUUGAUCUUUGCCGGGAGAGACAGAUGGCAUUCUCUAGUUGCAGCAAUGUGGUGGGCGGUUCGCGUCUUCUGGCGGCGGUCGGGGAAACCCAGUUGCCCACGAAGCGCUCGAUGUCGGUGUCAACCACCACCACCACCACAAAGAAGAGAGCUUUUCCUCUUCAGUUGAGAAGUGAGGGAAAAGAAAAAGUGGAGGCUCCGAAAGCCUUCGGAGUUUCACGAAGAAAUGUGAUGUUAUCUGUGCCUGUUGGGACACUGGCAGCAGUCAUCCUUCUUCCAGUAGAACCUGCGGAAGCACGUGUUGUCAAUCCCGAGAUCAGGAAGAAGAUUUUUGAAAAGUUAGAGAAGAUAAGGGAGCAGUUUGGUUUGUCAAAGCCAAAAACCAAUGACGGGAAGGAGGCUUACCCAUCACCGCCAUCGCCGAAGGAGAAAAGGCCUCAGACAUUGCUACCACCUGUUGAAGUAAUUCUCCCUUGAGAUGGGUAAUUGUCGAUUCAGAUAAAUGGUCAUCCCACUGUUGGGGUUGAUCAAACUUUUUGUUUGGUGCGGACUUUUGCCCUGUUAGUUGAGAACUUUAUGAACCUAUGAGUAGAACUGACAUUUUGGACCCGACCCGUUAAUAUUAAUAUUUGGAUGGAUGCUUAACGGGUCGGAUCGCUAACGGAUGAACCCGUUAGUUAAGGAUGUUUGAGUUUCUUUUUCUUGUGAUACCUGCUGCUUUACUUGAUCAUAUCUUCCGCAUCCCAA